UAUAUAUUCUCUUUCUCUCCAUCUUUCCGAGAAAAUCAUCCAAUGUUUGUCCUGCAAAAGAAAACCAAAUUAGUCCUUCUUCUUUAUUUAACUCUAAAUAUAAUUUAUUUUUUUUAUGAUUAAUUGUUGAUUUUUUCUUCUAUUUGACGGCCAUGGAAGCAGCCGCCAAAACUAAGGAUUUUUCAGGUACGGACUACUCGUCACCGCCGCGAAAAUCAAUCUCAAGUCCUCAUUCUCUCAAUCUCCCAUUCAACGGGUUCAAAACUCCGGAGUUACAGAUUCCGGACAUAGAGAUGGCGACGGCUACGGUUACCGGACACUUCGUAGAGUACACGAGCCUGAAGGACCUUCUGCCAUCGUCUUCGUCGUCUCCGGCGAUUAUGUCUCCGACGCCUACUUCAAGCUGGCACGAAAUUCCAAUCAAGAAUCCUCUGGUUAAGCACGCGGCUAUGGCUUAUCUCCAGCCGAUGUCGAUUAGGCCGGAGAUUGAGAGCAAGGGGCUGCUGGGGAAGCUAAAGGAGAAGUGUUUGUGCGGUGGCGCGUGGGGUUGCUUUGAGGGGCUGGGCGACGUCUUUUUGGAGACGGUAAGGGAGGCUUUGGGGGUUCAAAACGAUGAAGUUGAAGAAGAUGAGAUGGAAACGAUGAGAAAGUUCACUGAGAGUUAAGGGGCAUUUUCGGAAAGUCGUUGAGUUUUGACUGGUAGAUAUCAAGACUCAAGAUAGAUACUUAAAAAAAAAAAGGGUAAAUAGUGAUUUUUGGGGUGAUUGUGUUUAAUUGUAUAGACAUUUUUAUUUAUUUAUUUAAUUUUUGGGUUCUGAAUUGGAUUGAAUAGAAUAUUUUGUGACUAUUGGGAACAUAUGAUUCAUGAAAAGAGAUGUUGACUUUCAGUUUCUUA